UUUUGAAGGUCUUCCAGUGUGACACUGAUAUAAAUAGUGUAAAGCCCACUAAAGUUUGACUUCACUCCUCCAAGAUGAUUUGCCUCUUGGCUCUUUUGUCAUGGACAGUGCUGGCUUGUGCCGAAGAACCCUUUAACCAUAAUGUGCACAAUGGAAGGGUCAUAGGAGGAAGUGAUGCUAAACCCAACACUUGGAGAUGGCAGGUUUCUCUGCAGCUGGAUUCAUACAGUGAUGGCUCCUUUGGCCACAUCUGUGGAGGCAGCAUUGUUGAUAGUUUCCACAUCAUGACUGCAGCUCACUGUAUCCUCAGCAUGGAUGCUAAUCAGUAUCGUGUAGUGGUAGGUGAGUAUAACCUAUUUGAAUAUGAUGGCAGUGAGCAGUUCAUCCGAGUGGAAACAAUCAUUGUCCAUCCUGACUGGACCGGCGAUCUUGCCAAAGGAAAUGAUAUUGCUCUCAUGAAACUGGCCAACCCUGUGUAUAACAACGGCUAUGUGGAUAUUGCAAACCUUCCCUACCCUGACCAGAUGCUGCCUCAUGGUUUCACCUGUUACAUCACAGGCUGGGGAUUAAUGGACUACAUAGGAAGCAUCCCUGACAAACUGCAGGUGGCUCCCAUUGAUGUGGUGGAGCAUUCAGUCUGCUCCCAGCCUGAGUGGUGGGGUGACAUCGCUCUGAAAACCAUGGUGUGCGCUGGAGGGGACGGAGUCAUAUCAGGCUGUCAGGGCGACUCUGGAGGUCCCCUGAACUGCUUCACGGAUGGAGCCUGGAGAGUCCAUGGUGUCGUCAGUUAUGGACCAGCCGGCAUGUGUAACCAAGUGUCUAAACCUACUGUCUUCACCCGAGUCUCAUCUUUCCUCGACUGGAUGUAUUCAGCUAUGGGACUAAAUCUUUAGAUUGCAGAAUGCUUUCUUCAAGUUGUCAGAUGGAACCAGUGAAAUAAAAUUCACCAGCAACUCA